AUGAAGAGGAAUCGGGGAGAUGCAGCGGAGGAAUUCGAUUAUGGAGAAGGAGUCUCAUGGGUGAGAGGCCCUUUGAUCGGCAAAGGCAGUCACGGUUGUGUCUUCCUCGCCAAUCCCAGGAAGAAGAUGAAGAAAGGCGGCUGCUUUCCCUCCGUCAUGGCUGUCAAAUCCUCGGAGGUUUCUCUCUCUGCUACUCUGCAGAAAGAGAAGGAAACUCUCUGCAAUCUACAGGGUUGUUCCAGCGUUUUGCAGUGCUCCGGGGACGAGGAAACCUACAGUGAAGAUGGGCAGCAGAUGAUCUACAAUUUGCUUCUGGAGUACGCCCCCGGAGGAACUUUGGGUGCUCUCAUCAAGAAGCACACCGCCGUCGCUGCUCUCAUUCCCCAAUCUGAUGUCAGGGCCUACGCUAGGGCUCUUCUUCGCGGCCUUCGUCACAUCCACGCUCGCGGCUAUGUUCAUUGCGAUUUGAAGCCAGACAACAUUUUGCUUUUCCUUCCCAAUUCUGGUUCCGCUGUUGCUAAAUUUGUGCCGAAGAUUGCAGAUUUUGGGCUGGCGAAGCGGACGAGCAAACAGGGUCCUUGCUUCAGAGGGACUCCAUUGUAUUUGUCGCCCGAAGCUGUUGUUCGAGGCACACAGGGGCCUCCUUCUGAUGUUUGGGCUCUUGGCUGUGUUGUGCUUGAAAUGUUAACUGGGAGGCCACCGUGGAAUGGUGCCGCAUUUUUAGACGGCGAGGAUCUUCUCUCUAGGAUUCGCACUCCAAAUCAAUUGCCAAAAGUUCCGAGUACCCUAUCCAAAGAAGCCAGGGAUUUCUUGAAAAAAAUGUUUUGUGAGGAAGGCUCCGUUCAGAUCCACCGCUGA